AUGCUUGAAAUCGUAAGUGGAAAGAAAAGUAGAGACCUGUACGAUGAAGAUAGCAUUCUUAACCUUACUGGAUUGGCAUGGACUUUGAUGAAAGAAGGCAACGCAUUUAUGUUUAUUGAUAAGUGCUUGUUAAGAGAUCCAAACGACAACAUGGAAGAAGCAUUGCGUUGCAUCCACAUCGGUCUCUUGUGUGUGCAACAAAAACCUAUUGAUAGGCCUAAUAUAUCUUCUGUUAUUCUAAUGUUGAGCGGUGAGAAAGUGUUGCCUCAACCCAAACCACCAGCCUAUUUCACCAACACAGAUUUGUGGGCGGGAUAUCAUUCCCCCUUUUCUAAGACACCAUCAUGCAAUACAAGCAUAACAGCUGUCGAGGCGCGAUGA